AGCAUCUCUCUCUCUCUCUCUCUCUCUCUCUCUCUCUCUCUCUCUCUCUCUCUCUCUCUCUCUCUCUCUCUCUCUCUCUCUCUCUGCCCGCAAACAGCUGUGAGUGAAACAGUGUGCAGGAGGGCUCUUCAGAAACACACACGAGCGGGACAAAAUGGGAGUGGAGAUCGAGACCAUAACCCCCGGCGAUGGGAGGACUUUUCCCAAAAAAGGACAGACAUGUGUGGUGCAUUAUGUUGGCUCUCUGACAGAUGGACGAAAGUUUGACUCUUCCCGUGACCGUGACAAGCCAUUUAAGUUCAAGAUUGGUAAACAGGAAGUGAUCCGUGGCUGGGAGGAAGGUAUUGCGCAGAUGAGUGUGGGCCAACGCGCAAAGCUGACCUGUUCACCUGAUUUUGCCUAUGGUAAUAAAGGCCAUCCUGGGAUUAUUCCCCCAAACGCCACCCUCAUCUUUGAUGUGGAGCUUCUUAGUUUGGAGUGAUUUAAUGCUCUUCACUGCCUUUUUAUUCAUUUUUCAUUGUUUUAUAAAUGUUUCAAGUGUCAAAAGUUUAGUCUUAACUUUAGAAACUUAAUUAAAUCAAUAUCUCUUUCUGUCAGGCUGUAUUUUUAGUCAUUCUUCUCAGAACCACCUUUAUUCAGCAUCCCACUCGUACAGUUUUAGGCACAUUAUAUAAAGAUCUGUGCUUCAUUUUAUCAAACUUUUGCUUUGGUCUCGUUACAUCUGAACUAAUUCUUAAACUCUUUUAAUUUCAAUCCAAGAUUCUUCCUGUGUAAUUGAUAUGAUAUCACCAAAUCACCAAAAACCUUGCAAUGUCCUUAAUCUUGAACUUGAACCCGACAAACUCCGAUUCAACAUGUUAAUUUGGCGACCAACGGCAACAGACGCUGACAGGGUAAUACGACAAAACCCAACAAAGUGUCAUUGUCGUUGGUCGCCGUCUGUUGGUGCAGUGUAAAUUGGCCUUUAGACUUGUAUUCUCUUUUGUGACUUUUUCUCGCACUGUGAUUGUUGUUGGCUUGAAACCAAGUACAAAUGUGACUGUAGACAAAUUUGUUACAAAAAUCUGCGAUUUUAUCCCUGAAUUGACAUAAAUUUAUCUUAAAGAUGUUAUGUUUGUGAUAUAAAAAUUUAAAUAUUUGUUGCAUUGUUACUUUUCACAUUGAAUAAAUUAAUAAAUUACAUUUAAUAUUUUUUACAUUUAGAAAAUACUUUUUUUUUUUUUUGAUUGUCCACUUUAGACAUUCUACUAACUAUAAGUAAGUUUGCAACUACAUGUCAAAUAACUCUCAAUAAUUUGCUACUACAUGUCAAAUAACUCUCACUGGAGUAUUAGUAGACUGUAUUAGGUUAGGUUUAGGUGUUAGGGUUCGGGUUAGUAGAAUAAGUUGACAUGUAGUUGCAAAGUUACUUAUAGUCAGUAGAAUGUCUGUUGGCAAGCAUCAAAAUAAAGUUUUAUCAGAUAUUAAACAGACUACUAAUUCUCUAACGACAUGUCAUGCAGAUGCAAAGAUACUUAGUUAGCAGAAAUACAACCCCAAAUCAAGAAAAAUUGGGACAUUUUGUAAAACGCAAUAAAAUCAAGAAUCUGUGAUUUGUUAAUUCUCUUGAACCUUUAUUUAACUGACAAAAGUACAAAGAAAAUGUUUCCAAAUGAAUUGUAUUUUGUAAGUAUAAAAAAAUUAUGAUUUUGAUGGCUGCAACCCACUCCAAAAAAGUUGGGACAGAGGCACAAUAAUAGUGAAAAGAUUACAGAAUAUUCAAGUUGAACAGUUUUUAAACAGUCCACAAUUAGCAGGCGAAUUGGAAAUAGCCAGGUGAGGGUAUCGUGUUUGGGUAUAAAAGGAACAUCCAUCAAAGACUCUGUUUUGCAAGCAAAGAUGGGUCAUGGCUCACCACUUUGCUCCAAAUUUCAUGAGAGAACUGUCAAACAAUUCUAAAAUCACAUUUCUCAAUGCAAGAUUGCAAAGUAUUUAGGUCUUUCACCAUCUACCAAACAUAAUACUGUGAAAAGAUUCAGAGAAAUCUCAGUCAGCGUAGGGCAAGGCAGGAAACAUCUGUUGAAUGGGCGUGACUUUUGAGCCCUUAGAUGGCACUGCAUGAGAAACCUCAGGGAUCAUCCAGACUUUCAUCAGCGACAGGUGCAAAAGCAAACAUCUGUCAUGGUAUGGAGGUGCAUCAGUGCAAACGGCAUGGGUGACUUGUAGGUACCAUUGACGUGGAAGUGUAUAUUGGGAUUGUACAGAGACAUCAAGAUCUUUCCUGGGAAACAAGACAAUGCUAGGCCUCAUUAUGCACAUACAUCAGUGUGGUUUCGAGACACUCUGCACUGUAGAAGGGAUGUGUCUGACUGCCUGCCUGCAGUCCAGAACUGUCUCUUAUUGAAAAUAUAUGGCCCAUCAUGAAAAGAAGAAUCGGAUUGACCACAGACUGUUGAGCAGCUGUCUUGUAUCAGGCGAGAUUGGGCAAAAAUUCCACUUGCAAAACUGCAACAAUUAGAAUCCUCAAUUCCCAAGUGAAUAAAAAGUGUAAUUAAAAGGAAAGCUGAUGUGACAGUGGUAAACAUGCCUCUGUCCCAACUUUUUUUAAGUGUGUUGCAGCCAUCAAAAAUUCAUAUUUGUUUAUAUUUAAAAAAAAAAAUACAAUCAGGUUUGUCAUUGAAAACACUGAACAUCUUUUCUUUGUACUUUUAUCAGUUAAAUAACGGUUCAAGAGAAUUAACAAAUCACACAUUCUUGACUUUAUAGUGUUUUACAAAAUGUUUCUUGAUUUGGGGAUGUAAAAUGUUACCUAAUUUUCAGCCAGUUUUGAAUUGUUAGGUUUGAACAAUCCUUGUGCCUCUUUGUGUGUUUUACACCUGCCAGAAUUCCACAGGUUUUGUAUAUUUACAAAGCGAUCAGAAGUGAUCAGCUGAUAAAGUGCUGUCCUGUAAUCACACUUUACAGUAGACCAGGCUGAUAAUUAUACAACGAUGACGUAUUAUAGUACUGCAAUUUCUGUCAAUUUGGUGAGCAACAUUUUUUUUUCUUGCAUUAAUAACAUGCAGCUAUUUGGAAAUGUUAUUUGAAGUGUUUACUUUGUUCUGUGUAUGAUUAGGUUGUGUAGUUGAGUAGGUGGCACAUUUGGCACCAUAGCAAUGGAUGCAUGCCAUAUUUAGUACUUAAGGAUUUUGUGAUCAUGUUUCACUCUUCAUUUAAAAACAGUCAAUUAGCUUGCUAAUAAAUAUAAUAGAUGGGCACUUUGUGUUCUCAUUGAGCUGGAACUAUUUGUUUUCAAUGAUGGACAAUGUCUGAAAAGCACAUUGUGACCUACCCUAUUUUCAUCACACUACUUGCCAUUAAUAUAUACAUUUUGAUGCUAAAUUAUUUGCAGCCAUCUGUUGUUGUUAAUGUAGACCGUGCUGCCUAUAGAUAAUUGAUGUGAUUAUAUUGGAUGCAGAUACAGUGACAGUACUUUUUGUAUUGACAUGAUAAUAAUUUUUAAUUCAAAUGAAAUCUGCAGACGCAUAAAUACUUGAGUCGAUGCUGUUGAUUUCUGUGAUCAAGCAUCAAAUAUAUGGCUUUAAUAUUUCUGUAAUGCUCUGUAUAUUUAUGUAUUGUCAUACAGACAAAAAAACAAUAAAAUAAUUAAAAUGUGCUAUAAA